CUUCUUCUCUUUCAUUGUCCCUGUCCCACCCUAUUCCUGUGUGAAAAAUCAUGACUCUGUUCCAUAUUAUCUUUCUCCAUCAUCACCACCCUCUCCCUUCUCAAAUUUCAAACCUAAUCCCUCUAAGAAUUCAUCCCCAUUAACUACCCUAAUCACUUGAUUUACCUCCUUUUCAUAUUUAUGUAAAUUUAUAAAUUGUAAUUGUCAAUCCUUUUGUUAUCUCAAAGUGAAACUAUUUCGUUCCAUGAUUCACCUUUUCCCUACCACCACACCGUAAUCUGUUCUGUAUGUAUAUAUGUGCUUAUUCUGCUCGCAACCCCACUUCCUCUGUUUUACUCUUUCUUUUCUGUUCAAUCUUAAUUGUAGGGUUUUCUUUUAUCUUCUUUUUUCAUUAAUUUCUGUUUCUAUUUUCUUGAUCUUUGUGCUCUUUGAUCUCUCAUCCUUUUUUUCUCGCUUUUUUAAUUUCAAAUUCGAAAUAAGUGUUCUCUGUUUAUCUCAUUUCCCAUGUAUAAAUACUUAUCCAAAAUCAAAUGGCUUUUCGGUCUCUUUAAGCUUUUUCUCGGGGGUUUUCUGUUAAAAAAAUGUUAAUUUAUCUUCAUUUGAUUAAUUUUAGUAUCAUUUAGGAUCGCUACUCCUUUUGUAAUAAUUUAAAUUCCCUUUCUUCCAGAAUCUUCUUCUUCUUCUUCUUCUUUCUUGAAACUUUAGUUCCCUUGUCCUUUUUGACUAUAAGUAAGUGAUUUGGCUGAUUAUAUGGCUAAUCAGCCUCUACCGGCGACUCCUGGUCCGAGCUCGGGUCCGGGUCCGGGUAUGGGUCUUGGUGGAUUUCAGUAUAUGAAUUCUCCAUUUGGGGAUACCACGUUCACUAAAGUCUUCGUUGGAGGGCUGGCCUGGGAAACACAGAGUGAAACCAUGAGGCGAUAUUUUGAGCAAUUCGGUGAAAUUCUCGAGGCUGUUGUCAUCACCGAUAAGAACACCGGCCGAUCCAAAGGAUACGGUUUUGUGACUUUCCGGCAUCCAGAGUCUGCUAGGAGAGCUUGUGCUGAUCCAAAUCCAAUUAUUGAUGGGAGAAGAGCGAAUUGUAAUUUGGCUUCACUUGGACGCCCUCGUCCCUUCCUGCCAUUUGGACGUCUUAGAUCUCCUGCACCGCACCUUGGAGGGCUACCAGCUGCCAGGGGUCCUUAUAUUGGAAGUUUUGGCUACCAGCAAACACCCACCUACGGUUACCAGCAAGGAUUGAUGUAUUCUCCAUAUGGGUAUGCUGCAUACAGUCCAGAAUAUGCUUAUCUACAGGGUGUAUACAAUCCUUAUGGAGGUCAGCAAUACCUUCAAAUUUAUGGUGUUCCUGGAGCAGUAAAUACAACUAUGCAUCCUUACAGCUCUUUGAGCCAAGCUGUUCCAGGAAGUCACAGUUUUAUGACAUUGCAGGGAUAUGCAAUGUCUGGUCAUCCGAUUGUUCAGUUUAGUGGGCCAAGCGUCACUGCAAUGGCAACUACGUCUGUUCCAGCACCAUUCCCUACUGCAUUUUGGUUGUAUCAGGUGCUGCAGCACCUAUUACACCACAGCCACAAUUCAUACUAUCUUCUCAUUCUCCUCAAUUCAUGCAAGGUAGCAGUUCUGACCAAAACGCUGGGUGAGGGGUUGAUCAAGGUUCCCUUAGAUUGCAGCAGGACUAAGAACAGCAGUACUGCUACUUGAGUGGCGGGCUUCAAAUCUAGCCUUGCAAAUCAUCCAUUUUGCAUUCUAGAGGUCUUACAUUUUCGUGCUCACCAUAGAACUCAGUGUCCGAGUUGCUCCUGAUGGAGGAGAGAAAAAAUGGAAAUGUGCGAAUCGCACUUCCUUCAAACAUCAUGUAUCUAAACUGCCGUUUUCUGUCACUAUUCUGGAUUACUGGCAGAUAGUGAUGGGUUGAUGGUUGCUGGAAUCGGGUUCCGGCUCCCAUUCCCAUGUAUGUAAAAAUGAAAAAUCAGGGUUAGAAUCAACAUAUGAUUCUUUAACAGUAGAGUCCGUCCGAGCAUUUUGGGCGUGUGGUCUCUGGUGUCUGUGUUUGGUACAAUUCUGCAUUAUAAUUAAAAGUUGGGUCUACAUCUUGUGCAUAACUACAUUUGUUAGGCUUUUUAUUGGAUCAUUCUCUAUUCCGGAUUAUUUUAGAGCUUAACUUCAGAAUAUGAAAGGCUCGCUAUUUACAUCUGGUA